AUGGAGUUUGAGAGAAAUUGGGGGAGACAGACAUUGUUGUUAAUGGCGGAUUUUCGGGUUUUGGGGGAAAUGAGGACGGGAUUUAGGAGAGAGAAAAAGAUUGCAUUGAUGGAAAAUAACCAAUACAAUGGCAAUAGCAGCAACAUAAGCAGUAACAACAUCAACAACAAUGGCACAAAGCUUCAUGUCUCGAACGUCGAUGUGUUUUCGAGUAUAAACGUGGGCGAGGCUGCUAAUAGUGGACGAUCCAUGGAAAACAUAUUAGCAGAGUUACUUCAAGACACUCAAGCUUGUCCCGAAACCAAUACUUGUAGCUUGAGCGAAGAUUGUAGUCAUACACACGACUUCUUUCAUAAGCAAAGUGAUGAAAUGUUUCCUUCUAACGAAGAGAAAAGUAGUUACGACGAUUCUCUUCAAAUUGAGGAGCAACAAAGUAAGAAGAGAGGAAGGAGACAACGAGCGGAUAACAAAGAAGCUGUACGCAAGUACCGCGAAAAGUUAAGGAUAAGAGAAGCCUCACUCGAAGAAGAAAUCAAGAUGUUAAAGGAGUCGAAUCAACAAUUGUUAAAGAAGCUUGAAGGUGAGGCAGCAUUGCAAGAAGAGAUUUUGUGGCUUAAGUGUUUGCUUGUUGAUAUACGAGGGAGAAUUGAAGGGGAAACUAAUUCGAUUCGAUUUCGUAGACAACCCAAUGCGAGUUUGAUUGGUAAUGAUCGUAUGGUUCAUUGCAAUGGGAAUUGUGGAAAGGGAGGUAAAACUAAAAUGUCAAAUUCAAUGUUAUAUGGUGAAGGUACUAGUGGUGGUGUUUCUAUAAACUUUAACUAUACUGCGAGUAUUGGAUCUAAACCAAAAGAUACUCUCAACUUUGAACAUCGAAGUUGA